GGUCUUCUUUCUGGCGAACCUUCAUCAAACAAGAACGCAUCAAUUAUCAAGGAUGAAGCCUGGACCCUGUUGCUUAUAAAGAUAUGACCCAUGGUAGAGACUUGCCAAAAGCGGGCAGCCGAUGGGGUUACAUGAUGGCAUGGUCUACGUCACCACCCGAGCAUCCAGACCCUGCCGGUUUAUAAAUUGAUUACCAUGUGCAACCCUGGAUGACAUAUGCCGAAUUCGAUGGCAACUGCUGUUAAAAUGAACGGCGUGUCAAGGUGCUUGGGGAAACAAUUCACACAAUACGCAAAAGCACCCGUCUUCAGGAAGUGCAACACGAUCCCAUUCCGUCUUUCCGGCAUUUCUGUUCGAAGUUACUCAGACCGAAGCCCAAAAUACAACGGCAACAUGACUAGUCAACCUCCCAAGAAUGAGAUGGUGUAUAUGCCGGGAGUGAUGUCACCCAACCGAUCGUUCGGUGUCUUCCGCAAGGUCCUCCACACUGGCCUAUACUCUCAAUUCGUGGCCAUGGAAGUGCCCGUCAAUGGCGAGAUUGGCGACGAGAUCCACACCGUUGACCAAGUCCUCAUCUUCACUCACGGAACCGGCAAGGCAAUCGUUGCCGGAAAGGAACAAGAAGUUCGGCAGAACGAUGUCGUUAUCGUCCCAGCCGGCACUCAACACCAGUUCUUGAAUAUCGGAAACACGCCGCUCGAAGUGGUUACCAUUUAUUCUCCGGCAGAGCAUGACCCGCGAACGGUACAUCAGACCAAGGCAGAGGGCGAUGCACAGGAAGAGGCUGGCGAGGAUGAAGCACCAGAGUGGAGUCAACGAAGCAAGUCUGAGAAUGAGAAGAUUGGGCUGGUCAAGGCCCCAUAAUCGGCAUCAUGUAUGAUGAAAUUAUAAACUGAAUAUAAUCAUGACUUUAUGCUCUGU